AAACUGGGAUAAAAGUAAAAGGACUGCCUUUGCUCCGAUCUCAGUCGUGCGCCACGGCGUAUCUUGCAGACUCCCCUCAGGUGUCGGUGGUUGGUGACUGACUGAGCGAGUGUGAGCUCCAUUCCUGAGCUCGAAGGAGGCCUCAAAAGAACACAUGGGGAAUUCUCCUCCUCCUUCUUCUUCCCUGUUCCCUGUCCUCCUGUUUGCAAGAAUCUGCGGCGUGGCAGUGGCAAUGCUCGUGCUCUCUUGGGCCCUUGCCUUCAAAUCUAGCUUCCUCCCUCGCUCCUCCUCUCAAGAAGACCUCAUUUACUCUGUUCUUCACCCACUGUUGAUGGUCAUCGGCUUCAUUCUCGUUAGUGGAGAAGCGAUCCUUGUCCACAGAUGGUUGCCUGGUUCGAGGAACAUGAAGAAAUCGGUGCAUCUGUGGCUUCAAGGGGUGGCUCUGGGAAGUGGGGUUUUCGGCAUUUGGACAAAGUUCCACGGGCAAGACGGCGUCCUGGGUAAUUUCUACAGCUUGCAUUCUUGGAUGGGCUUGAUCUGCGUCUCCUUGUUUGGAGUUCAGUGGUUGAUGGGUUUCCUGAGCUUCUGGCACAGAGGAGAGGCGCGGUUGAUAAGAAUGAAGGUGUUGCCAUGGCACGUCUUCCUCGGACUCUACACCUACGGCUUGGCUGUGGCCACAGCAGAGACCGGGCUUCUAGAGAAGUUGACUUUCCUACAGACGAGGAGAAACGUAGACAAGCACGGCUCGGAGUCCAUGGUCGUGAACAGCCUCGGUCUGGGAUUGGCCCUGCUCAGCGGGAUGGUUAUAUUGGCCGCAGUCUCUCCAAAGUACCAAUCUCUUCAAACUAAGCUCAUGUACUCACGCUCCGAACCCAAGAACUUGACUUCCUAAGUUUGGUGGCGAUGUGGGUGGGAGGUCAAUGUAAAUAGUUUGACUGUUCCAUUGCAAUCUGGUUUCUUCAUACCAGUUACCACAGCUCUGGUUCUGCUUAUCGUUGACAUGGAUUGCUUCUGCCAAUGUUGACAUCUGUGGAGUGCAUUUCUCACACUUCAAAUUCCACCAUUGAUUCAAACCCACAAAGCAAGAUGAUGAUUUAGGAAACAUCAUUCGAAAAAUCCUUAAAUUGCCUUGUCCAAACUUCUAGGACUCUUUGUUCACCUGGAUCUCGUGUUGAGUCUCUUGGAUGAAGCUUCUAAUGAACACUAGUGCUUUCAUGUC